AGUCAAGGGAACCUCCUGCCAUAUAAAUAGGGCUGGUUGGUCUUUAUUAUUCUAGCAUCACGGCAGCAGGUUCCUGCUAAGUUUGGUGUUUAUAUCACAACUGUAUGCCUGCUUGAAGUAGUUAAACCAGGGCACUGCAGCACAAGGAGUCUGCAUGUCGGUUUAGACAUGCUCAGCUUUGUGGAUACCCGGAUUCUGUUGCUGCUUGCAGUGACUUCGUACCUAGCAUCAUGUCAAUCGGGCCCCAGGGGACCAAAAGGACCCAGAGGUGAGAGGGGUCCUAAAGGACCAGAUGGAAAACCCGGCAGACCUGGACUUACUGGGCCUCCCGGCCCCCCUGGCCCCCCUGGUCUUGGUGGAAACUUUGCUGCUCAAUUUGAUGGCGCUAAAGGACUUGACCCUGGCCCUGGCCCUAUGGGUUUGAUGGGACCUAGAGGCCCAUCUGGACCUCCCGGUGCCCCUGGACCUCAAGGAUUCCAAGGACAUGCUGGUGAGCCUGGAGAGCCCGGACAGGCUGGAGCUGUUGGGUCUCGUGGACCUCCUGGACCUUCUGGCAAAAAUGGUGAAGAUGGUAACAAUGGCAGACCUGGAAAACCUGGAGACAGAGGAGGCCCUGGAGCACAGGGUGCCCGUGGUUUCCCCGGAACUCCUGGACUUCCUGGCAUGAAGGGACACAGAGGUUACACCGGUCUUGAUGGACGCAAAGGAGAGCCUGGUGCCGCUGGUUUUAAGGGUGAGAAUGGUGCUGCUGGAUCAAAUGGAACCCCCGGACAGAGAGGUGGUCGUGGUCUUCCUGGUGAGAGAGGUCGUGUUGGCCCUUCUGGCCCAGCUGGUGCUCGCGGUGCUGAUGGCAACACUGGUCCUGCUGGCCCUGCUGGUCCUUUGGGAGCAGCUGGUCCUCCCGGUUUCCCUGGUGCUCCUGGACCUAAGGGAGAAAUUGGAUCCGUUGGUCCCACUGGCCCAUCUGGACCUCAGGGACAAAGAGGAGAGCCAGGCCAGAACGGUGCUGUGGGCCCAGUCGGACCCCCUGGUAACCCUGGUGCUAAUGGUAUCAACGGUGCUAAGGGAGCAGCUGGCACCCCUGGUGUUGCUGGUGCCCCUGGUUUCCCUGGCCCUAGAGGUGGCCCUGGCCCCCAGGGACCUUCUGGAGCCUCUGGUCCAAGAGGUCUUGCUGGUGACCCUGGACCCGUUGGAGUGAAGGGAGAUGCUGGUGUCAAGGGUGAGCCUGGUAGUGCUGGUCCUCAGGGACCCAGUGGUCCUUUUGGUGAAGAGGGCAAGAGAGGCUCAACUGGUGAGCAGGGAGCAACUGGACCCGCUGGACUGCGUGGACCUAGAGGAGCUGCUGGUACUCGUGGUCUGCCUGGUCUGGCUGGCAGAUCGGGCCCAAUGGGCAUGCCUGGUGCCCGUGGUGCUACUGGUUCCUCUGGAGCCCGUGGACCUCCUGGAGAUGCCGGUCGUGCUGGUGAGCCUGGUCUUGUUGGAGCUAGAGGUCUCCCUGGUAGCCCCGGCAGUUCUGGACCCCCUGGAAAGGAAGGGCCUUCUGGUCUUGCUGGUCAAGAUGGCCGCACUGGCCCCCCUGGCCCAACUGGACCCAGAGGCCAGCCCGGUAAUAUUGGAUUCCCCGGUCCCAAGGGACCUUCUGGCGAGUCUGGCAAGCCUGGUGAGAAGGGACCUACUGGCCCCAGUGGACUGAGAGGUCUUCCUGGUCCAGAUGGUAACAAUGGCCCUUCUGGUCCCGUCGGACUUGCUGGUGCUCCAGGUGAGAAGGGAGAGCAGGGAGCAUCUGGUGCUCCUGGUUUCCAGGGUCUUCCUGGCCCCGCUGGACCUGUUGGUGAGGCCGGCAAGCCCGGAGAUAGAGGUAUCCCUGGAGAUCAAGGUGUAUCAGGACCUGCUGGUGUGAAGGGAGAGCGUGGUAACCCUGGACCCGCUGGUGCUGCUGGCGCUCAGGGACCCAUUGGUGCUCGUGGACCUGCUGGUACUCCUGGCCCUGAUGGAAACAAGGGAGAGCCUGGUGCAGUUGGAGCUGCUGGUGCCCCUGGACACCAGGGAGCUGGUGGUAUGCCCGGUGAGCGUGGUGGCGCUGGAACUCCUGGACCUAAAGGAGAGAAGGGUGAGCAAGGAUACAGAGGCCUGGAGGGCAAUGUUGGAAGAGAUGGUGCCCGUGGUGCUCCUGGACCCAGUGGACCCCCUGGACCCGCUGGUGCUAAUGGUGACAAGGGUGAGACUGGCUCUUUCGGCCCUGCUGGACUUGCUGGUCCUCGUGGUGCUCCUGGCGAACGUGGUGAGUCUGGCCCUGCUGGACCUUCUGGAUUUGCUGGACCCCCUGGUGCUGAUGGCCAGACUGGACCAAGAGGUGAGAAAGGACCUGCUGGUGGAAAGGGUGAUGUUGGACCCCACGGCCCUGCUGGUCCUGCUGGCAAUACUGGACCCCUCGGUCCUACUGGUCCUGCUGGCCCACCUGGUGCCCGUGGUGACUCCGGUCCAUCUGGUCUGACUGGUUUCCCUGGUGCUGCUGGCAGAGUUGGACCUCCUGGUCCUGCUGGUAUUGUUGGACCUGCUGGUCCCACUGGUGCUCCUGGAAAGGAUGGCCCACGUGGUUCUCGUGGUGAUGUUGGCCCUGCUGGUCCCCCAGGAGAGAAUGGACUGAUUGGACCAUCUGGUCUGGCUGGAGAGAAGGGAUCUCCUGGAGAGGCUGGCGUACCUGGAGCACCUGGACCUGCUGGGCCUCAGGGUCAGCUGGGAUCUCUGGGAUUCAAUGGUCUUCCUGGCUCCAGAGGUGACCGUGGUCUUCCUGGUGGCCCCGGUGCUGUUGGUGAGUCUGGAAGAGUUGGCCCUGCUGGUGCCCCUGGUCCCCGUGGGCCCCUUGGCAACAUUGGCAUGCCUGGUAUGACUGGUCCUCAGGGAGAGGCUGGACGUGAGGGAAGCUCUGGUAAUGAUGGACCUCCUGGACGUCCUGGUGCUUCUGGCCUUAAGGGAGACCGUGGUGAGCCUGGUUCCCCUGGACCCGCUGGAUCUGUCGGUGCUCCUGGACCCAAUGGACCAUCAGGCGCUGCUGGCAGACCCGGAAACCGUGGUGAAUCUGGACCUUCUGGAUCUGCUGGCCCUGUUGGAUCUGCUGGAGCAAGAGGUGCACCUGGCCCUUCUGGACCUCGUGGUGAGAAAGGUGUUGCUGGAGACAAAGGAGAAAGGGGCAUGAAGGGACUUCGUGGACAUCCUGGUCUGCAGGGAAUGCCUGGAACCAAUGGUCCUUCUGGUGACAGCGGCCCUGCUGGUGUGGCUGGUCCUGCUGGUCCAAGAGGCCCAGCUGGUCCUAAUGGCCCCCCUGGUAAGGACGGCUCAAAUGGCAUGCCUGGUGCUAUUGGACCCUCUGGACACCGUGGUCCUCCUGGGCAUGUUGGACCUUCUGGUCCUCCUGGAUCUCCUGGUCUUCCCGGACCCCCUGGUGCAGCUGGUGGUGGAUAUGACACAUCUGGAGGCUAUGAUGAGUACAGAGCUGACCAGGCCUCUCUCAGGGCUAAGGAUUAUGAGGUGGAUGCCACCAUCAAGUCCUUGAACACUCAGAUUGAGAAUCUGCUUUCCCCUGAGGGCUCAAAGAAGAACCCUGCCCGUACUUGCCGUGACAUCAGGCUCAGCCACCCUGAAUGGAGCAGUGGUUUCUACUGGAUCGACCCCAACCAGGGCUGCACCGUGGAUGCCAUCAAGGCCUACUGCGACUUCUCUACUGGCCAGACCUGCAUCCACCCCCAGCCAGAGAGCAUUCCACGCAAAAACUGGUACAGAAGCUCCCAGGAGAAGAAACACAUUUGGUUCGGCGAGACCAUCAAUGGUGGUACUGAGUUCGGUUACAAUGAUGAGACCCUGAGCCCACAGUCCAUGGCUACUCAGCUGGCCUUCAUGCGUUUGCUGGCCAACCAGGCAGUCCAGAACAUCACCUACCACUGCAAGAACAGCAUCGCCUACAUGGAUGCCGAGAAUGGAAACCUGAAGAAGGCUGUGUUGCUGCAGGGCUCCAAUGAUGUGGAGCUCAGGGCGGAGGGCAACAGCCGCUUCACUUUCAGCGUCCUAGAAGAUGGCUGCAGUAGACACACUGGCCAGUGGAGCAAGACAGUCAUUGAAUACAGAACAAAUAAACCAUCUCGCCUUCCCAUCCUCGACAUUGCACCUUUGGACAUUGGUGGCGCAGAUCAAGAGUUUGGUUUGGACAUUGGCCCAGUCUGUUUCAAAUAAAUAGACUCAUGAUAAAUUAAACGAGAGAAAGAAAGAAAAAAGAAAAAUCUCUGCCCUUCUGUCUGUGUUUUUUAUACUGAAUGCUGAUUUUUUUUCUGCAAAUCCACUUGCUUAAGCUGGGCUCUAUCGGAGAGGACUAAUGGACUGAACGGAGCAUUGCGCAAUGCAAAUUAAUACAGCAGCCCAAAGAGACACGGGAUAACACCAUGUUAUGGGACAUGUCAUCAUUUUGUAAAAAUAAAAGAAGUGUAAUAAAAACAAUGAAAGUAUACAUCACUUUGUGGUCUUUGUAUAUCUUCCAAAGAGGAUGUUUAAAACCACAAUUUCCGUAAGGUUUAAACUACCUCAUGUGUAAAGGAAAAUAUUAAUCAACAUCCUAGUUGUCACUAGUUGGUACUAAGGCUUCAAGUUCUGUCCUGUUUCAAAGGUGCUCCAAUACUCGAAGCAGUGAUAUUAUAUGGUGCUAUACAUGCAGCUGUGGAGGAAACCACUGUUACUGUAUUACUUUGUAUUGUUUCUGAGGAAUAUUGCACAGGUCCCCCUGAUAACCCCAUUUUUAAGCAGGUGGAAUAUUCCUAAACCUGAUGUUUGUCUGGUUUUUACUUUUUGUUUUGUUUGUUUUUGUUUUCUCCGAGUUUUGUUCAGAUUUUUUUGUUUUGUUUUGUUCAGGCAUUACAUUCUUUUACGCCCCCAGUGUUAAUACUGACAGCACAGUUCGACCAUUUUAAAGGGUUGCAGAGGCCUCUCUCUCAAAACAAACCACAAAGUUUAUUGUACCUAUUUUGUAUAUGUGAGAUGUUUAAAUAAAUUGUGAAAAGUUCUGAAAAUAAAGCAUGUCCAAUGUUCCGAAACACAUUA